AUGGUCAUUCCUUGGCUCCUCAGUUCAUUGUCAAAAGAAAUCAAAGUCAAUGUCAUUUACUCUAAAAUUGCAAAGGAACUUUGGGACUGCCUGCAGAGCAGAUUUGGUAAGUCAAAUGGAGCUAAGCUAUAUCAUCUUCAAAAGGAACUAAAUGGUUUGGUCCAGGGAAAUUCAGACAUUUCAGGAUAUUUUACUAACCUAAAAAGGUUGUGGGAUGAGCUAGAGUCUUUAAAUUGUGAUGUGAUAUGCACUUGUGACUGCACAUGUCAAGGGAAAGAAAAACUCACUAAAUCUAUGCAAGAUCAGAGACUGAUUCAAUUUUUGAUGGGUUUAAAUGAUGUCUAUUCACAUGCUAGGGGACACAUUUUGAUGAUAAACCCUUUGCCUAGUAUAGACCAUGCUUACUCUUUGCUGAUCCAAGAUGCAAGCCAAAGAGAAAUAUAUGCCAAUUCUCAUGUGUUUUCAGACUCUUCUUCCUUCAUGGUAACUAAUCAGGGAAGAAACGACCAAAAGCCUGGAAAUCAAGUCUUCAAAGGUGCUAAUAAUUUUCAGAAAUCUGGAAACUAUCCUAAAAAAUUCAGAAAUUCCUAUCCUCAGUCAUACUAUCCUCAAAAAUUUGGAAACUCCUAUCCUUAA